GUCACAUGUUGUAUAGACAUGAUAUUUUAUCGUAAGCCCCACAGCAAAGUAUAAUUGUAAAAAUAUGAAUAUGCUGUGGGUCGGCCGCCGUGCGCACGCGUGUUAGUCUCGGAUUACAUGGCGUUUCCUGUCAGCGCGAGAUGAGAGAGGGGGGCUACGCGAUAACCCCUGCACUUCAGAAGUAAUAAUCACAACAAAGUGCGAAGAAUUUCUAGGGGGGAUCAUGUUGCAUAAAAAGUAGAUGCUUCGCCGGGGGUUUGAUGACCUGCUGUUAACAUGGAUGUGGGAUUAAUGCUGUAUAACAACCUGAAAGAUGUGACAUGGAGCACGGCGUCAAUCCCCUUAGAUCGGCUUGUCAGUGCUUACAGGCUACCCCAGAUUGUGAAGCUUGACAGCGGUGAGUUGGUGGAGGGGCUGCGAGAAAAUGACUACGUUUUAAUACAUUCAAGUCGGCAGUGGACUACAGUUACUGCUCACAGUCUAGAGGAGGGCCAUUAUGUCAUUGGGCCUAAAAUAGAAAUUCCAGUUCAUUAUGAAGGUCAGUUUAAGCUGUUGGAACAAGACCGAGACAUAAAGGAGCCAGUGCAAUACUUCAGCAGCGUCGAGGAAGUUGCUAAAGCAUUUCCUGAACGUGUUUAUGUGAUGGAAGAUAUAACAUUUAAUGUUAAGGUGGCUUCAGGUGAAUGUAAUGAGGAUACUGAAGUUUACAAUAUUACGCUGAGUACAGGUGAUGAGCUCACUUUGAUGGGCCAGGCAGAAAUUCUGUAUGCAAAAACGUCCAAAGAAAAGUCCAGGCUCAACACGAUUUUCAAGAAGAUCGGAAAGCUGAACUCCAUCAGCAAGCUUGGGCGUGGGAAGAUGCCCUGCCUGAUCUGCAUGAACCACAGGACCAACGAGAGCAUCAGCCUGCCGUUCCAGUGUAAAGGCCAGUUCAGCACCCGCAGCCCCCUCGAGCUGCAGAUGCAAGAGGGUGAGCACACGAUCCGCAACAUCGUGGAGCGGACACGUCUCCCCGUCAACGUCACCGUCCCAAGCUCGCCUCCCCGGAACCAGCACGACCUCCACCUCAUCCGAGAAGGCCACCGCUACAAGCUAGUCAACAUCCAGACAAAGACAGUGGUCGUCUGCUGCGUGUUGCGCAGUAACAAGAUCAUCCCCAUACACUUCCCUCUCCAUUUAGCCAUGCCCAAAUUCAUCAUUCCAGAAGGACUCCUCCAGAACGAGCUCUGGUUGGAUACCAUGGUGCAUCGUUGGUUCUGCUUCUGCCAGGAGCAGUUUGACAUUGAUGAUUACUCUCGUGCCGUUCGAGAUGUGAGGACUGACUGGAUAGAAGAUGGCAAAAGUCCCAAGAAAAGUAGUAAGAACGGGAGUAGCAGCAGUACAUGCCCGUCGCAUAGCAAUGUGCCCAACUCACUCACCUACGCCCGGGAAGAACUUACUCAGUCCUUUCACAGACUUUCCGUAUGUGUGUAUGGGAGCAAUCUGCAUGGGAACAGUGAAGUCAAUCUGCAGGGAUGUAAGAAUCUCUGUGGAGAUUGGGCCCUUGCUCCACAUGACUCCUUGCAUGAGUCUGUUGACAACAAAUACCUUCUCUCUGAAUCGGUGGAAGAAUUGAGGCAGCCUGUUCUCGUCAAGCCAGAUCUUCCGUACGAAGAGCUGUGGUUAGACCAGGAUAUGUCUCAGCUCCCUACACAGACUGCAUCAUGUAGUGGAAAGCAUAUCACGUGUGAUGUCAAAAGGAGCUCCUUAAACUCCAAAUGUACAGCAGGCACUCAGCUCUACCCUGCCUCAGGACCUGUCAGCUCAAUCACAGUGUCUGACAUCUACAUACCUCCACCCCCUGUGCCUCCAAAGUCAGAAGCUGUGAAAGAAGAAUGCAGGCUUCUAAAUGCCCCCCCUGUCCCUCCACGGUGCUCCAAGCCCAGCACGACAAGCCAUCCUGUCUCCGUUUUAUGCACCAACAGCCAGCAACAAAAGACCCGCUCUCCCAGUCCGACAUUGUCAUACUAUUCAUCAGGGCUGCACAACAUUGGACUUGGCGAUAAAGGAGUCACUCAGCCAGAUGAACAAAACCCGGUGUGCUAUCCGUGCAACUGGAUGAAACAAGAUACAUUAAAAGAUGAGAAAACAUCACCAUGCGGAAGCCCUGAUUCUGUUCCCCUGAGACUCUCUUGGCCAAACAAUUUUAGUGAGGCAGAUUCCCAUGAGAACAAUUUUUUACCAGGCCAGUGCCGAAGUUAUUACAGCUAUCCUCGGAAGAAAAUGUCAAGCACCUCAAAGGGAUAUACUUCCACCUCAUUUGACCCAGAUGCAAAGGAAGUUUCUGAAGCAAGCACUUUGCCUACAAAAUCUAAUGAAGCCUCUCAGAAAGCCCACAACUACAUCAAAUCAAGCUAUUCGCUUGAAAUGUACAAUGACAAGUCUUUAGCUGACUGUAGCACAAAACAGAGUUUAUCAUGUCCACUGUUACCUCCAAGAGUGCCUAAAUCGGUUGAGGAGAGGGAAAAUAAAGACUUGUCUUCAAUGACAGUGGCAGUUGAUGAAAUGCAACAGGUAAGUGAGAAUUCUCCAGUGGAUAAAGAAGAUGAUUGCACGUUUGGCACCAAAGACUUCACAAACAACGUUUUCUCCAUUUCAUAUCCCUGUCAUCCCCCUUUGCAGCUUGGUCCCCAGUCAUGCAACAAUGGUUCGUCAUGGCAGCCACCCACUAACCUCUCUGGACUUUCAAUUGAAGAGGUGUCCAAUUCUCUUCGGUUCAUAGGCAUUUCUGAGGACAUCGUCUCUUUGUUUGUCUCAGAAAAGAUAGAUGGAAAUUUACUUUUACAACUGACAGAGGAUAUCCUGUCUGAAGACUUUAAGCUGAGUAAACUUCAAGUGAAGAAACUUAUGCAAUUUAUAAAUGGCUGGAGGCCAAAAAUGUAAUGUUCAGAAAACUUUUUGGGAGAACGACAUUACUCCCAGUCUCUGUAUUGCACUUAAUUUUUGUUCAAACACUAUUUGUGCAAUGCAGAUUCAGGUAUUUAUCAACGGUACUUUUAAUCAUGUGCAAAUAUACACCUGAGGUGCUCUGUGCAUUGUAUAUUUCAUGAUAUAUCCUAGAUUUCACCAAGUAUUUUUUUAACCAGUUACGGUACAUUUUGACAACUUAGUGCUAUAAUUGUCACGGGAAACCCAAAGCCUUACAGACAAUAGCUAUGUAUUGGGGUAGCGUUGUCACAAAACUCCUCCUGAGUUGAGGAUUCAAAACUAACCUCAGCUUUCUGCAUUUGGAGUUUGCAUGUUCUUCAUAUGUAAACAUGAUUUUCCUCUAGAUUACAUGGAUUUUCUCCCUUCAUCCAAAGACAUGCUUUGCAGGUGAGUGGAUGAUGACGAGUGUGUGUGUGUGUGUGUGUGUGUGAGAGAGAGAGAGAGAGAGAGAGAGAGAGAGAGAGAGAGAGAGAGAGAGAGAGAACAUACCUUGUGAUGGACUAGUGUACCAUACAGGGUGUAUACAAUGUCAUAAAAUAUAUAAAACUCAGAACUAUGCCAGUUUCAUUCUCCUGGUAGAUAUUGAAGAAACAAUUGCCAUAAAAUGUUUGAUUUUCUUUUUUUGAAAAUUAACCUUUUUUAUUAUUAUUAAGAACAAAGCUAGAUACCAAUAAUAUAGCUUUUCAGAAUACGUAUAUUCAUUGUACUGACCUUAACUUCUGGUUUCAGCCCCAUUACCUGAUUAUAUGUUGUCUAUAAUGUCUGAGAUUAUUUUGUUCAACAGUAAUAAACAUUGUUCAACAUUA